AUGCUGACUGCAAAUGCAACUAGAACUGAAAAGUUAAAACCAAUAGUAAUUGAAUCAUUCAUUGAACCUAGAGCUUUAGUUCACUUAAAUUAUAAUGCUUUACUUGAUGAUGUUGAUGAAUUAAUUAUAGACUUAACAACGAAUCUGCCAGAUCCAACAAUCGAGCGCCAGUUAAAUGAAUUUAAUAGCAACAAUGAUUACCAAAUACCUACUGAAGAUAUUCUUGAUAAAGAGCAAAUCAUUAAUAUUGUAUUAGAUAAACAACGAGAGUUUGAAGAGGGUAAUACAAGUGAUACCGACAUUCCACCAUCUGAAAUUCCUGUUUUAGAAGGCUUGGAUUGUCUAAAAAAAUUCAUUAGUUUUUUUGAGCAACAAGAAAGUCAUGAUUUCAAUGUAGAGGAUUUGAAAUUGAAUUAA